GAGAGAGAGAGAGAGAGCGAGCGAGAGAGAGCGUUAAUUAACAACAAGUGAGAGAAAUUACGCACAAAUUGAGAAGGAACUCUUGGCAAUCGUUUCUGGAUGUGAGAGAUUUGCAGUACAUCUACGUGAAAUACACAACAGUGUUAGAGUCUGAUCACAAGCCACACGAAGACAUUACCAGGAAGCCAAUGGUGGAUGUGCCAAAGCGAUUACAACGAAUGUCGAUGCGUCUUUAGCGCUAUGAUAUCCAAGUCAAGCACAAAAAAGGUCAGAAAUGUACCUAGCGGAUACUCUUUUCCGCACGUACUUGGAAGGUACAGUCACGCGAAAUCCCUUCUAGACCAUGGCAGAGGAUUGCCAUAGAGAUCUGUUUUCAACUAGAUUCAGACAACAUAGUUGUUUUCGACUACUAUUCCAAUUUUUUUAGAUCGACAAACUCAAUGAUACCUUGUCCAACACAGUUAUCCACGAAGUCAAAGGACAGUUUGCGAGGCACGGUAUUCCAGAUAUCAUUGUCACGGACAAUGGACUGCAAUUUGCCUGUGGUGAAUUCGAGCGUUUUGCUAGACAAUGGCAGUUUCAUCACACUGCGACAUCUUCCAGAUACCCACAAGCUAAUGGCAAAGUGGAGAAUAUCAUCAAGACCUGCAAAAACAUUCUAAAAAGAAGCAAAGGGGACCAACCAAGAUGUUUAUAUGUCACUCCUCAAUUCACUCCUCGAUUUCCGAAACACACCGUCCGAAUGCAUUGGCUCAUCCCCAGCGCAACGAUGUUCGGGAGACGAACGAGAACACAGAUACCCAUAUCCGAAACUUUUGCAACCUACAGCACUGAAAGGGACAGAUGUCUCAGACAAACUACACAGAGCCAAACAACGCCAAGCGCGGAACUACGACAAAGUCUCAAAGAGACUCCCACCGCUUACACCAGGCCAAAAUGAAUCACCAACUAAUGAAGAAUUCGGUGAUGCUAGCUCUGUUUCUCAUGUCAUGGACUAUGCAGUGAACUUAUGGUACUUCUGGUGGUAUCAUUAAUGGUUUGUAUCAUGUACCUGAAUUAAUUAGUUCUUAUUAAAUUAUGCAAUAAGUGUUUCUAUGUUUUCACUACAUCAUUAUGUGUGAUGUAGAUGCUGACCACUGUCUGUGACCAGUGAGAGAAGAAAAUAACGACUGCUGUUGCAUGUACAAGAUGCAGAUCAGCUGUUACAAGUCAGAAAUUCGGACUUGAUUCACUAUG